CACAACUGGCGGAGGCGCGUCCGUGUCAACAUCUCUGCAGCUCUUGAUUGCAAUUCACGCGAGCAAAGCUUUUUGUUGCUCUAGCUUCACCUCAUUUCUGGAUCAAUAUGAAGAUUGUGUUGCUUCUUGCUCUUGCACUACCGAUGGUAGUUGCAACGAGAGGCCCGCUAAAGCCCGGAUGCCCGAACCCGAAUCAAGGUAGGCAGUGCCUGAUCUACCACGACCAGUGCCAGACGGACGGGGAUUGCGAGAGAGAAGGAAAAGGCGACAUAUGCUGCCUGAUAAAUGGCUGCGGAAAGGAGUGCGUGACACUGAACCUGAACCCAAGAUGCCCCGACCCGGGAAGCUACGGCUUGAACUGCUUCGCCUACAUCCACCAGUGCAACAUCGACCGUCAGUGCAGGGGCAACCAGAAGUGCUGUCUCGUGGCCGGAUGUGGCAGAAGUUGUCAGGCAGUCUGAGCACAGAGUUCCUCGCCUGGACCAUGCAAGAGCGAUGACGUCAGAUGCACCCUUUCUUUAGGAUUUAUAUCAUAGAUUUACUUCUUUUGAAUUCUGUAUGGCUUGUAGUUCGUUGAUUUUUUUUAGGAGCUCUGUAAACGAAAUUGCUUUGUGUUCUGAUUACAUUUUUACUAGUAUGUGUUUGAGGUAGCAAAAUUCAAGUGUAAAAUCUAAGGAAAUGUGUUAGCAAAUAAACUCUACACUCA